AUGCCGCCGCGCAAGCACCUAAUUCAAAUGUCCGGAGCACCAGGCUCCGGUAAAAGCACUCUCGCUCGCCGACUCAGCAAAGAGCUCGAGAACGGAAUCGUCAUCGACCACGAUGUUAUCCGAUCCUCCCCCCUCGAACAAGAGAACCCAUGCUUCGAGACAGCCGCCAAGCAAGCCUACGACCUUCAAUGGGCACUCGCUCGAGACGCGAUAAAACAGGGCGUCUGCAGAGUUAUCAUCGACAGCACCUGCAACUUUCCCAAGAUCCUACACCAAGGAAUGGCGUUGGCUGCCGAAUUUGGGUAUACAUACUGGUACAUCGAAUGCAGAGUCAUGGACAUCGAACUCUUGGAUCAGAGGCUACGUGCUCGUGAGCCGAUGCUGUGUCAGAGAUCCGGCGUUGACCGUUCGCCUAAGGCUGCUGAGGGGAGACAUGAAGAAAAUGGACGGGAACUGUUUGAGAGGUGGCUCAUGUAUCCAUGCCGCCCCGAUGAUGAGAAGGCCAUAAUCACUGUUGACUCUACGGCUACGCCAAUGAAGUGUUGCGACAGAGUCAUGGAACAAAUUGGCCGCAGACAAAGGCGGUAG